AUCAUUUUUGCAUGUGCUUACAAACCCAUCAUCACCCACCACCCAUUUUCUUGCUUUUAUAAUCAGUCUCAAACCAUCCAACCAUCUCCCUCUUCAUUCUUCCCUUUUGAUUCUUUCUCUUGGUCUCAAUUCUCAUAUCUUGGUUCUUUGCCAAGAAACCUUCUUUUCUGCAAAAGAGGAGGAAGAAAAAUGGAGUUCUCAACAUUCCACCCUUCUUGGCACUCUUUCUUCACCUCCCCUCUCCUCUUUCCCUACCCCUUUAUCCCGGAAAACUACGUUCAUUGGACCGAAACCCCCGAAUCCCACAUUUAUUCGGCCGACAUCCCCGGUGUGAGGAAAGAGGAUAUCUGUGUGGAAGUUGAGGACUCGAGGUACCUUAUUAUUCGUACCGAAUCAGCCGAUGAUACAGUGACAACCGCCGGUGGUCGGACUUUUAUGAAAAAGUUCAGGCUGCCCGAUACCAUUGAUGUCAACGGGAUUUCUGCUUGUUACGAGAAUGGUGUUCUGACGGUUACUGUGCCACGGCUUUUUGUUCGAAGGGGUUUCUAUAUCGAGCCAGCCGAUCUGUCGGCGGUCCAAACCGAAGUUCUCGCUCGGGCUGCCUGAAUCGAUGUCCGGAAGCUUAUUACACCAUAAGAUAUUUGGUAUUUGAUUUGAUAGUUUCAAGGCUUAUUUGGAUUCAAAAAUAGUGUAAAACAUUGUUUUUGGAGGAAUAUGUUUUCAAGAUUUUGUGGUUUA